CAAAUAUCCACAAAUCACAGAGAGAGAGAGAGACAGAGGAGAGAGAAGAUGCAAACACUCCAAGAGAAGGCUUCGGAGUGGAGCGGGGUGUCUACGAACGACGCUUUCGCCAUUGACGAGACCAAUCUCUACGAGAAGCUCGGCCUCCAGACAUUCAUCAACCUCUCCACCAAUUUCUACAACAGAGUAUAUGAUGAUGAGGAAGAGUGGUUCCGAUCAAUUUUUGCAAAUUCUAAGAAGGAAGAUGCCAUUCAAAACCAGUAUGAGUUCUUCACACAGAGAAUGGGAGGGCCUCCAUUAUUCAGCCAAAGAAGAGGCCAUCCUGCGCUGAUUGCCCGCCACCGCCCAUUCCCCGUCACCCAUCAAGCUGCAGAGAGGUGGUUGCACCACAUGCAGCAGGCAUUGGACACCACCAAAGAUAUUGAUUCAGACUCCAAAACCAAAAUGAUGAAUUUCUUUAGGCACACCGCAUUCUUCCUUGUAGCCGGAGACGAGCUGAAGAACCCGAAACAAGGAAUUCCGUGCAAGCACGCAGCUGGAAAAUCUGCUGCAGCAUAAGCACCUUCCUCAAUUUGCUCAUUCAUGAUUCCCUCUUAACCAAAAUAUAGUGAUAUUUACCUAUUUUAGCUGACUGAAUAACAACAUUGUAUGAUGAAUAACAUGUAUCCAACUUUUACUCAACUUUAAUCAAGAAAUUAUUUUUCUUCA